GUAAUUUCACAUCAGGGCUCAGCUAGCAGACGGUUCCUGACACAAAACAAUGUCUGUCCAUCUGACUCAUCUGCUGAGUUCCUCCAAUACUUUUGCUCAAGAUUCCAGCAUCUUCCAUUUCCUGUGUGCGUGUCUCUCUCUUAAAGUUAUGAAUUACAGAUGUAGUCAACACCUGGAGCCUUCUACGGUGGUCUAAUUGUCUUUGCCUGCCCCUACCACUCACUAACAGAAGUGAUUUUAUGAAGAACAUGGGCCGUGUUGAAAUGUAAUGGGUGGCUUUGUUGACCACCUGUAUUUACGGUAAUUCUAAGAUCCCACAGCCAAUCAAAGCCAUUGUCUCUAUUGGUGAAGUGCAAAACCCCCAGUAAUGACGAGUUUUGCAAACCAGAGAUUUGAAGCCACCUGUUCCUCAAGCAAGUUGCUCUCACCACAAGCCAUGUGUGGUGGUGGAAGCCCCAGUUAAUCUUCCUUUCCUUUUGGUGUCAUUCUGCGGAACAGUUGGUCGGUUGAGGCUCUUUGAAUCAAAGCCUUAUUAGUGUUUGUGGGUUGAAGCAGCACUACGACAACUUGACUAUGUAGACACACUGUGCUGGAGUAACUCGACCCGAAAGAAGGGUUCCGAUCUAAAACAUCACUUACACUUUUCUCCAGAGAUGCUGCCUAACCCGCUGAGUUGCUCCAGCUUCUUGUGUUUAUCUUUGGUGUAAACCAGCAUUUGCAGUUUUUUCCUACACAACUUGACUAUGUAACUCGGCUGUCGCGUGUGCAGCAUGGACAACCGUGCUGUAUUGUCAUGAGGAGAUUGCUUUUUAAUCUUCACAAGUGGAGGAGAGAGUGGCUGAGCAGUCAUUUUGAGAGGAGAGAAAGCUUUUAUCAAAAUUCGACGGGACAAUUGAGAGUAUGGUCCAAGGCCAUAACUCCCUGACAGUGGUAAAGGGGAAAUAUGAUAUGCUUGCCUUCAUAUAUUGCAUUUAUCCAAGUUUUUUGUUCACCAAAGUACAGACGUGUGUUUCCCCUCAGAGAAUCAUCGACCAGAGCAUACUUUGCCUUCUGUAUUUCCUCUCACCCCUAGCACUAUGACUUGCACGUCAUCUCCUGAUGUUUGAACCUGCAACAAAAUCUGCCGUUGAAUCUCCCUGUGACACAUUCGUUUCUGAGAACUCGUGUGAUAGUCUGCAGAUUGUGCGGGACUGAUCUGGGGGGAGGGCUGUUUGAAUGGUCAGCAUCUUCUGUUUACACCCCCUAUGCUCUACCUCGUUCUAUAGCCUUUUGCUAUAGAGCGUUAUUCCAAAUCACCACUCUCUGUAUGCUUCAGUGUGCUGUGGUGGUUCACUAAUCUUUUAAUUUCCACUGGAGACACAAGAGGCUGCACAUACUGGAAUCCUGAACAAAAAACAAAAUGCUGGAGGAAUUCAACGGGUCAAGCAGCAUCUGUGGAUGGAAAAUGGCAGUAAAACAUGAUGCCUCAUGCAUGUGGGCUCAGUGGACUAUUUUUGUACAAUUGCUAACCAGGGAUGGUAUGCUCUACUAGACUUUUUGUGAGAAAAGAAUUUCACUGUGUUUGUACUUUGCACAUGUGACAAUAACGCACCAUUGAAUUGUUGAAAUGUACAGAUGUUUCAGGCUGGGACCAUUCAGACUAAUGUCCCAUGACUGAUGUCUGCAAGAAACAAGAAACUACAGAUCCUGGUUUACGACCUGAAACGUCACCGGUCCAUGUUCUCCUGAGAUGCUGCCUGAUCACCUAAGUUACUCCAGCACUUUGUGUCUUUUUUUGAUUGAUGUCUGCUAUUUUAGGAAGGGUCACCUGUCCAUUCCCUCCACAGAUGCAGCCUGACCUGAGUUCCUCCAGCUCUUCGAGGUUUUGUUUUUAAUUUGAAUUUACUGGUAUUGUUUCUAAGAUCUUGUCAGUAAGCUUGCCUUGUUCUUGCCUUGGGUUUAGGAAGUUGCAUCUGUAGACUUUGAUGUGAAGCCUAUGCUGAGUUCUAUCAUGUUCGGGCUCUCUGAUUUUUUUUCCCCCCAACGGUUGAAAAGAUCCAAUCCUUUCUCUCCUGUCCAUUAAAGAAUAUCUCCACUCAUCACUUUAUUCUAGAAAACUCUUAAACAUCAGUUUACACUUUUGCUAAAGUUUCCCAAAUAUCUCCACAAUGUUGCGGGCUCCCAGUUCAUUGGAGAUUGGGUCUGCAGUCGUUGUAAUCAUUUUUCACAAACUUAAUACAAACAAUCACAAUAGACUUUUUAAAUUUGGAUUCUGCAUUCACAUUGUCCAUGUGGUAUAUAUCUCGACUGCUGGCACCGUGUGAUGUCUGGGCUCCAGACUGUUCCUGUUACAGUUUAAGUCUCGCAUCUCUGACUCACGUUGGUUUUUGUUCUCAGGCUCCAGGACACAUUCCGUCAACAGACACAAUGUGGGAUUUCUGUGCAGAAUAUGCAGUGCACAGUCAGUGAAUAUACCUGCAGUCAAGGGGAUUUUGAUACUUGAGCAAAAAACACAAUGCUGGAGAAACGGCGGGUCAGUAAGCAUCUAUGGUGGGAAUAGACAUCGGUGUUUCAUGCCCUGUGAAGGUAGAAGGGCCCUGACCUGAAACGCUGACUAUCCAUUUCCCACCACAGAUGGUGUCUGACGUGCUGAGUUCCUCCAGCACCUUGUUUUGCUCAAGAUUCCAGCAUCUAUCUCUUGUCUCUCUUGUCUGGAUGAUUCAUUGGUUACAUAUUGUCACAUACUCACUGCACAGUGAAAUUCUUGCACCCAUCGCUAUAUUUUGGUGCUGUUUUCAAAAGGAAAAGAAAAACUCAAGUCUGGUGCACAUACUGGAUGUACUGGAGCUCACCUGAUCCUGGUGACCCUAUUCACUGCUGGAGUUUAAAACCCAAGGCCUAGAUUUCAAAAUGCGGAUGUUUGUUUUCAACUUCCUCUGCCUUCUGUUUGUGCUUCUGAUGUCCCCCAGACUAAUUACCUGUUGACUUUUCUACUUUCUUCCAGUUCCGUCCUCCCUCGUAUAAGGACAAUCAUAUUUGCUGCAUUUGCAGGUUUGGGGGAAACAAACUCUGCAGUUUGGGCAGCAUUUUAGUUUAGUUUAUUGCCAUGUGCACCGAGGUACAGUGAAAAUCUUUUUUGUUGUGGGCUAAGUCUUAAAGAGUCAGCAGAAAGACUAUACAUGAUUACAAUCGAGCUGUGGCAGUAUUGUUGUACAAGAUAAAAGGAAUGACGUUUAGUGCAAGCAAGGUAAACUCUGAUUAAAGGUAGUCUGAGUUUCAAAUGAGGUAGCGCAGGACCAUUCUCUAGCUGGUGAUAGCAUGAUUCAGUUCAGAAGAUGAGAAUUUUUUUUUAGGGUGGUGAAUUCAUUGCCACAGACGGUUGUGGAAGCCACGUCAUUGGGUAUUUUUAAGGGAGAGAUUGACAGAUUCUUCAUUGGUAAGGGUGUCAAAGGUUAUGGGUCGGAGUAGCUUUGAUGGGCUGAGUGGCCUAAUUCUGUGCCUGUUACUUUUGAGCGCAGGUUGUGUGGGCAGAAAGGCAUGCUCCUGUGUUGUAGUCUUCUAUGUUUUAACAGUGUCGCAUCAAUACAGGAGAACUCGCAACAGUCCAGUUGUGCACAAAACCUGCUUUACCCCCCCCCACCCUCCAGCUCCCUGGUUGUCGAGUCUGCCCUCUAGCAUUGUGGGCAUCUGGUUGUUGGCUUUAACACCGAUUGAGCCGUGGACAAAGAUGUGAAAAGCUGCUUUGUGGAGUGGAUUUCCACAUUGCUGAGUAGCACACAUGCCGAUCCACUUUAGUCGCCUUCGAAUGAUAAAUGAUGAGCAUUGAAUUUUGUGGUGCCAGAUAUUAACAAAGCAAAGUAUAGCUUGGCUGCAGCUCUUUCCUUCCCAGCCCUCUGCUUAUUUUAACACUGACCCGUGACCACCCAUAAGGGAACCUCUUGGAUUGUCACAGCUACGAAUAACUGUUGAUGUGGGUGGUUCUCCUCCUGCCUGUGGCAUGAGAGAGUGAAGUACUCGAGUAUUUUUACAGAGCUCCUGUGUCGCAGCAUCCUCCUCUUGGCUUUGACUCCGAGUUAAAGCACCUCUGUCUCCAAGCCCGCUACACGGCAAGUCAAGGCCUCUGCUGCCUGCUUGUGUUUGUUUUUCCUGCUUGUGAUUGCGUUUCCUGUGGAGCUUUUUGGCAGGGCAAAUAUUUGCGAACUAAUUUUAGUGGGAUUUUCAGGUAAGAGGAGAAAAAUUGAUGGCAUGCGGACUGCAGGCUGCCAAAUUAUAUCAACGUUUAUACUACGUAGAAACAGCCCACACCACUCUCAUUGGAUACUCGGGACAGGAAAUGACCUAGAAGCAGCAGCAAUACGUUAGUGCUUCCCUGCUUCAGCCAGCCGCCCAGUACAUGAUUAAUCUGGACACACCACUUGUUUCCGCUGCUGAGCUCAAACUACCUCAGCAAGAAUAAAAAGCUCGCAGCCUGCAGCAGAGGAGGAGGCGGUGGCGUGUGGAACGUGCACAAGCUGCGGACAGGGCCCUCUGUGAUUAGCUUUAGCGUUAAGGCCGACAGUCUCCAUCCCAGUGAAAUACACUUGACUGACUGAACCCUCUGAAGAGCUUGAACCGUACCCGGGGCACAAGUGACGUGGGCGGCUUUGAGCGAUUUGUCCAAGCACUGAAUAGCUAUUAUUUUACAUUUAACUUUCGCUGUUGAUCAGUGUCUUAGUCCAUUUUGUAGUUGGAUUUUUUUAGUGUUUGCUUUGUGGAGCCAGUACUGUGUGUCGGAGCAAGCAAGAACAUUCACCAACAUCAUACCACUCCAUUCAAGGCAGGCGGGCAAUCCAGCAGCUGAUCCUGCUGGUUAGCUGAAGCCCAUUCGUCCCUCUCCUCUCUGCUAGCUUAUUUCCCACUGUGAAAUGGCACCCACUCUACCAAUUGUUUGCUCCAGCUGUUUUUAUCGUAUUCGUUGGGACGACGUGAAGUGUUAGACUCUUUCUUUUCAUACGUUGCUGGGAAUCGCUGUGAUUAGGAGCAGCAGCUGAUGACUAUACAGGUCCAGCACGGAACAUCUGUGCAGCUUGGGAACGGCUGCAUUUAUCUCUCCUCACUCGACAGGCUGCAGCGGGGCUGCGCCCAACAUACUACAUAAUUGCAAUUGACCUGAUCCAUAGGUCUCCUGUGCUGACCUGUGGUGAUUUUGUGCACGCAUGCUUGCACUCUGGAGAUAAAGUCAUGCACGUGAGUCUCUACCUUUUGGCAGGACUUUCCGUGCUUAAACUUGUUUGGGAAUUGUGACCGGGAGAACGGAGUUUCUGCGAUCAGACUUCUACUUGACGAAGGACGAGGUGACAGAGGCUUCACUGUCAUUUAUGUAUUGUUGCAGUGCCCAGGAAAAUAAGAUGGACUACAAGCGGCGGUUUCUGCUUGGCGGGUCCAAGCAGAAAGUGCAGCAACACCAGUACCCGAUGCCCGAGCUAGGCAGGACCAUGAGUGCACCCCUGACGUCCCCUGCAGCCACGUCCUCGCUGCCACCCACCGCCCCCAGCAGCUGCCCCAGCCCUACGUCCCCCACCACCCAGAUAGCCGACAUCCAGCAGGGCAUCUCCAAAUACCUGGAUGCCCUCAACGUCUUCUGCCGAGCCAGCACACUCCUCACAGACCUCUUCAGCAGCGUUUUCCGAAAUUCGCAUUAUUCCAAAGCAGCUAUGCAACUGAAAGACGUGCAGGUACAUGUCAUGGAGGCGGCAAGCAGGCUGACGGCCGCAAUAAAGCCGGAGAUUGCAAAAAUGCUGAUGGAGCUGAGUGCAGGCACCGCAAACUUCAAAGACCAGAAUGACUUCAGUCUUCAAGAUAUUGAGGUGCUGGGCCGAUGCUUCCUCACCGUGCUGCAGGUCCACUUCCAGUUCCUAUCGCAGGCGCUGCAUCGAGUCCAGCCUCUCGCACACUCCUGCCUGGCGGAGGCCCAAGCCCAGGAGAGGAAGAACGCCAUGGGCACAGAGCCGGCGAAGGGCAGCCGUGUGACAGAGCUGGAGGAGGCUGUACGAUCCUGGGCAGGGGCCUCUGAGGCCACCUCUCGUCUGCGUGAGAGGGGGAGCGAUGGGUGCCUGGCUGGUAUCGAGGUCCAGCGGUUGAUCUGCACACAGACCACCGCAAUUCCCGAGCAUCAGCUGAAGGACCUGAACAUGAAGAUCGACAGUGCUCUGCAGGCUUACAAAGUGGCUUUGGAAAGUUUGGGUCACUGUGAAUACGCCAUGAAGGCUGGGUUCCACCUGAAUCCGAAAGCCAUUGAGGCCUCUUUACAGGGCUGCUGCAGUGAGGCGGAGGUGAAGCAGGCAGGGAGACGGCAGUACCCUGCGCAGCCCCUGCAGUGCGAGCUGCCCACCGUGCCUGUACAGAUCGGACCCCACUUCCUCAAGGGCGUCUCCUUCAGCGAGUCUGGAGCGGAGAACCUGAAGCUGAAGAUGCAGGCGAUGGUACAGCUGAUCAAGGAGGCAUCGGGACAGAGCGAUGUGUCGCCUCGUGACGAGCCGCCGACGGAGAUCCUCAACCAGGUGUGCCCGUCCACUUGGCGCGGUGCCUGCAAGACCGCCGUGCAGCUGCUGUUUGGGCAGGCCGGCCUGGUGGUGGUGGACACAGCACAGAUCGAGAACAAGGAGGCCUACGCGCCACAGAUCAGCCUAGAGGGCACCCGUGUGGUGGUCCAGGUCCCCUCCACCUGGUGUGUGAAGGAGGAUCCCGCCACCAUGUCCUUGCUGCAGCGUUGCCUCGACCCGGAGAAGACCCUGGGGCUGAUCGACGUGCUGUAUACCGCCGUCUUCGACCUGUCCAAGUGGAAAGAGCGAAGGGAGCAGGUUCUGCCGAGCAUCCAGAUCCAGUUGCGGCGGGAGUGUGCCGAGUUUGGCAGCCCGGUGGAGCUGCCGGUGGGGAACGGGUCGAUGGCCAAGCCCUCAGCGGGCCUGCAGAGGACCUUUGCCAAGCUGACGUCGCGCUUCACCAAGAGGGGCUCCUGCAGCGGCGGCGGCAACGGUGCCGGAUCUUUCUCCAUCCCCAGCAAUCCCUCCAAGAGCGGCUUCUCCCUGAUGGGCACCGAGGAGGAGCGGCGGGCAAAGCCGCCUCACGCCGACCAGCGGCUCCAGAGCAUCCUCAACGUCGGGCACUUCCCCAAGGCUGCCGACGGCCAGGAUCCCAGCCGUGGCCACGGAAACCCCCUGGUCAACGGCUUCUCCCUCGACCAGAGGGAGGCGCUGCUCAAAGGCGAGGAGGGUAUCAAGCUGCCGAGCGACCAGGAGAUGCAGGACGUCAUCGACUUCCUCUCCGGCUUCACCAUGGGCAAGUCCCAGCAGGCGAGUCCGCAGGUCAGCCGCAAGAGCCCCGCCGGGGUCCUCGACCAGAAAGGGGGGGUCUUGCAGCAGGGGCCACCUGCACCCCACGGCCCGAUGCCCCCCUCCCAGCCCGUCCGACAACACCCCCAGAAACCUCCGCCCUACUACCAGCACCUCCUGCAACCCAUUGGGCAGCCGGCCCCCACCCCCUCCCUCCCUCACGCCUCCCGAGCCCCCGGCAAGUGGCCUAACAGCUCGCCCCAGCAGCGGGCACAGAGCCCGGGGCCCGGCCUCUCUCCCAUCGGGCCCCUGAGCCAGUGGAACAGCCCCGGGCCCCCCUCGGACCUGGGCUCGGACUUGUACAGCCUGGGUCUGGUGGGCAACUACAUGGACAGCAUCAUAGACAACGUGAUGUCCGACAUGCUGGCCCCCAAGGCACCCAACACCAGGAACAACACAUGGCCCAACCGCAUGCAGAGCGAUGGUGUCUUCGGCAUGCUGGCCGACGUCCUACCCUUCGAUCCCGCCGUGGGCUCGGACCCGGAGUUCGCCCGGUAUGUGGCUGGCGUGAGUCAGGCCAUGCAGCAGAAGCGGCAGGCACAGCAAAUGCGACGGCACAGCACUGCCAGGACCAACUGGCCCGUCAGCGACGAGGCACACAGGACGUGGCACCCCCCAGAGUACUUCACCGAGGGGGACGUCAUGAGCUGGUCAGGGACGCAGGGAGACUCUGCCAGCUCCAGCGACGAGGCUUCUUCUGCUAAUGGCGACAGUUUAUUCUCCAUGUUCUCAGGGCCUGACCUUGUUGCUGCUGUCAAACAGAGAAGAAAACACAGCAGUGGUGAUCGGGAAACUUCCACCCUCCCUUCUCCUCCCGUCUUAUCCACACUAGAUGAUCUUAGCCAGGACAACAAGACCAAGACGUGGCCUCCAAAGGCCCCGUGGCAACACUUGGCGUCUCACAGCAACACCAUGCCCAACCCGGGCACCUCGCUGUACCAGAUGACCAGCCCCCCGGGCCAGUGGAACGACUCGGUGCAGAUGCUGCCGUCCACGGUGUGGUCUACCGUGGCUGACGGCUCCUCUUCCUCCGGCAUCUCCUCCAACUUCUCCUACGGCCAACAGCCGCCACAGUGCCAGCCGCCAGUGUCCCAGCACAAACCCGUGAGCAAGGGCUUCAAAUCCUACCCCCUGAAGCAGGAGAGAAGACCCUCCUAUCUCCACCAGUACUAGCUUCCCAGAAGUGACUUUAAACCCAGACCCCCACGACUGGCUGGAGCCAGGGUGGCCCCCCCCCAACGACUGCGAGCUGUACCGCUCGGGAUACCGUCAGCAGGUGUCUCUCUGUCCCAGCGCCUCGUUCAGCCGCCGGUGGUUUUGUCUUCUCGGUGUAGGAAGGAACUGCAGAUGCUGUUUUACACCGAAGAUAGACACAAAGUACUGGAGUAACUCAGCGGGUCCAGCAGCAUCUCUGGAGAAAAAGAACAGGUGACGUUUCGAGUCGAAACACCUCUUCAGACUGAGAGUCAGGGGAGAGGGAAACGAGGUAUGGAAAGGUACAGAACAGAUCAGAGCUGGUACGGAUGACCAAGAAAAGGUGGAGCCCACAACGGUCCAUUGUUGGAUGUGGAAGACUGUUGUUUGUAUCCCUUCAUUAUUACCUCUUCAGCCAACAAUGGACCGUUGUGGGCUCCACCUUUCCUGGGUCAUUGUUACCGGCUCAGAUUUGUUCUCGACCUGAAACGUUACCUAUCUACGUUCUCCAGGAACGCUGCCUGACCCACUGAGUUACUCCAGCACUGUGUCUAUCUCUCUGCUCUGCGAGCGCAGGUGGGUGGCGGCGGUGGCUGGUAGUUGUGCUGCGUUGGGGCAGCGAGGGACUCUGGCUAUCGGGCCGUCAGGGGGAGGUUCAGGAAGCUGCCCUUUCCCCCACUCCCUGCUCUGCUCCCUAUCCUGACCACCGUCAGAAACGGCGCUCUUGUGUGGCUGGGCCCUCAGUACGGAGUCACACCCCCUGGUGGCGAGGGAGCGGAGCGCAUUGUACAUGACCAUCAGACACUGAUCACUACAAACCCCGGGGGGUGGAGGGGGAGACACUUCAACCAUUUCAAGCAGCUGCAGUAGUUUCUUUUUAAAAACUUUGCAUAAUUGGUUGACCGUUAAAUUAAAAUGUAGCACCUCUAAUUGGCUUUGCCCUAAAGACCCCAGGUCUUGUGUUGUCCCCGCUGUAGCACCUAGACACCAAAUUGGCCCCACGCUGGGACUGGAGAUAGACACAAAGUGCUAGAGUAACCCAGCAGGUCAGGCAGCAUCGCUGAGUUGGGUGGGGGAUCGGAAAGCAAAAUGAUUCUCUCACCCUCCCCUCCAUAAGCUGGGGUGACCUCGGAGUGGGGGCACUCGGGGCGGGGCUGCGACCCCUCCCUGCAGAGUUUGGGUUGUGGGUCAGGGCACGUUGCCGUGGGAGGGUCGAUGUGUGUGAUCUGUUGUCGGUACUGGUGUAAUGUUCUGAGUUUUAUCCACAUUCUUGAUUCUGACCCGCCCCUCUCACCUCGACUCCGGCUGGGUGCGAGGGAACCUCACUAAGCCCAGCUCCGCCUGGUGCCCACUCUCCGUGUCCCCGCCCAGCUCCGCCUGGUGCCCACUCUCCGUGUCCCCGCCCAGCUCCGCCUGGUGCCCACUCUCCGUGUCCCCGCCCAGCUCCGCCUGGUGCCCACUCUCCGCGUCCCCGCCCAGCUCCGCCUGGUGCCCACUCUCCGCCUGUCCCCGCCCAGCUCCGCCUGGUGCCCACUCUCCGUGUCCCCGCCCAGCUCCGCCUGGUGCCCACUCUCCGUGUCCCCGCCCAGCUCCGCCUGGUGCCCACUCUCCGUGUCCCCGCCCAGCUCCGCCUGGUGCCCACUCUCCGUGUCCCCGCCCAGCUCCGCCUGGUGCCCACUCUCCGUGUCCCCACCCAGCUCCGCCUGCUGCCCACUCUCC